AUGCUAAUAGCUUAUAUCAUACUUUUAUGUUAUGGAAUCUACGAGGAAACCCCAAGUUUAAAACAUUCUAUUGAAUAUUCUCAGUCAAUUUCAAUACCAUAUAACUUUGUAUUGGAAUGUAUAUUAUUUGGUGCUUCUGGGGUUCCUGGUUCUGGGGUUUCAUGUCAAAAUCGGGUUGUUCAAGAAAAUCCACAUUUAGUUAAAAUUGCAUUAGACAAUAUAACGGUUACCAAUAAAAAUUAUGUUGUGCUUUAUGUAUAUUUCACUGAAGAUGUUCGUUUGUCUGGUAAUGGCAAUCCAAAUCUACGACUAAGUGCUUACGAUUCAGGUUUUGAUUCAAUAAGACCAUGGGGUCUGAUACAAAAUUGUUGUGGAUUCGCUAAAUCUUCAAGAAGAAAAUUUAAAGAUGAGAUGCCAAUUAUACCUUUUGAUAAUAUUGGUACUAAAAAUAAUGAUUAUAUAACCCGAAAAGAAUUUGAGUCUUUAAUGGUUUAUUUAAAAGAUUAUGUGGUAGAUAUUGGUCAUUUAGAAGCUAUGAAAAAAGAGUAA